UAAAAAUGUCUUCUAAGGAAGAAAUUAAUCAAAAUUAUUGCUGGCAAUUAGCAGAAAAUACUAAUGAAUCUCCAACACCUUCUUCUACUCAAAUACGUCCAUUCUCUGCCUCAGUUUGUUGCAGACCGGUCUCUAGACGUUCAACACCGACAACAAAAACAAUAUCAUCAGCAAUGGGAUCUCCUAGAUCAAAUCGACAAUCAAUAGGAAAUCAUUCUCCUUUACAUGUUGCUGCAAUUUUUGCGAGAACUGCGAGGGCUGCUAUAGGAUCUGCGACUGGAUCUGAUUCAGGAUUGAUUCGAGAUGAAUCUGUUCGUUUAUUUAUGAAUUCAGACGAGGUUUUUAAAGCAUGGGAAGAAAAUAUGAGAAUUAAUCCCGAUGAAAAGGAAAUAAAUAAUGGAGGGCAAGGUGUCCGAAAAAAUGCGUCUUUGCACGAAAAAAGGAAUGAAGCAAAAAAUGGAACAAAAACAAUGCGUUCAAAGAAAAUGCAGAGGACGUUGUCAACGAACAUAAUAAGUAAUGAAUUUGAAAAAGAAGAUAACGAGGAUGAAAAAGAAUCAUCAAUGUCACCAGCAGAAAUUAAAAAAUUUAGAAGUUUAUCACAAAACCAGAAAAUAAUAAUUAAUAAUGAUGAUACUUUUACUGAUGAAAAGCUAGGAUAUAACUCAUCUGAUAUUAUUGUUGGGACUGCCUUAGAAAUUAAAAAAGUUUCAUUAGAAAAUGAUUAUAGAAUUAUUGGAGGAAAGGUCAUUAAUGAUGGCAAAUUCGGAAAUAAUUUAGUUAUUAAAAAUAUAAUUGCAGAACAUAAACAAUCAAGACAACAAAUUGCUCUAAAAUUUUUUGCUCGUCCACAAACAAAAUUGACAGACGAUGAAAGUGCCUUCUUUUUCGCUCAAGAACCAAUUAUUUGCAACUCUCAAACAUUGAGAGAUUUAUUAAAUGCAAAUCCUGGAGGAUUAGGUGAGAAUGCCACAAAGGCAAUUAUCAGCAAAAUACUUGCAGCCUUAGAAUUUAUUCAUUCCAAGUGCCUUGUCCACAGAGCCAUUAAAGCUGAAAAUAUACUUAUUGGUGAUCCUGGAAAAUUUACACGGGUUAAAUUAACUGAAUUUGGCAAAGUUCAACCAGUUGAUUCAAUUAUUCGACAUGCGGAACUUGUUGGCUCUUAUCAUCCACCCGAACUUUGUGAACGCGUUCCAAAUGAAAGUUACUCUGUUACAAAACAAACUGAUAUUUGGGCUAUUGGUAUAUUAAUUGCUUAUUGUAUGAAAGGAAAGUUUCCAUGGCAAAAGGCUACAAUUAUGUGCAAACCAUUUUAUGAAUGGGAUCAAUGGAUAAAAAGAAAAGCUGUUCAACAACCCAAAUAUUGGGAUUCAUUUCCUGAUAAAGCAAUGAGAAUGUUUAAACAUUCAUUAAACCCAAAGCCUAAAGAGCGCUGGGAUGUAAAGGAAAUAAGAAAAUUUAUUGAAAAAGAACGACUUUCAAAAAAUAAAAAUUCUUCGGAUGAUGCUGUUUAUUAUCCAGAUGAAGGUAUUGGAUCAAAAAUGUUAGAAAUUAACGGAAAACAAUCAAAAAAGACUUCAACUAUUGGACAAUGGAUUAACAAUACAUUAAAUACAAUGAGCGAAAUAAGUGAACAAGUGGUUUCAGCAAGGGACGAUGAUUGAGAGACAAAAUUUUCGAU